AUGAAUGAGCAAGCCGUUGAUACAGAAAUCACAAAAGUGCACGAGGAGAAGUUGAUUAAAGUGAGCCCAGGCCCGAACCUGACUCAUGGCUUGGCUCCGACCGAUUGUCAAGUCACCUAUUUGGCUCAACCGAUUCCAUUCUUUGUGAUCUUCGGUGAAUGUGGGAUUGCGUAUGUGAAUAUUGUACAGGAGUUAUCCAGUCAACACAUGAAGCAAACGGGUCGAGAAGAGCGAGAUGUCCGAAUGCAAUUUCGUUUAGCUUGCCAAAUGCUCGCUUCGAUGUUUGGGACAAUUUUGAUGAAUUUGGCAACGACAUUGGGACAAUUUUAUGUGCAAACGAAUUUCCAUUUCUUUAUCUUAUUCACAUUCUCUUGGCAAGCGUUGUGCUGCAUGAAUUGUUUGAUUUACAUAAUCUUUCAACGAGAAAAGAAACGACUUCCACAAGGAGCCCGUUCAACAAUCACCGUUCACUCGGAAAUCCACUCACAUCAUCGACAAACCCGAAAAAAUCAGAUUUCUAAUCAAAAA